GCGCAGGCGCGCAGGACGAAGGGAAGAUGGCGGCCCCGAGCUUCCCCACGCCGCUGCACGGGCACGUGGGCCGAGGCCCCUUCAGCGAUGUGUACGAGCCCGCGGAGGAUACGUUCCUGCUGCUGGACGCGCUUGAGGCAGCGGCGGCCGAGCUUACGGGAGUGGAAAUAUGCCUUGAAGUAGGGUCAGGGUCUGGAGUGGUAUCUGCAUUCCUAGCCUCUAUGAUAGGUCCUCGAGCUCUGUACAUGUGCACUGAUAUCAACCCUGAGGCAGCAGCUUGUACUCUGGAGACAGCACACUGUAACAAUGUCAGCAUUCAGCCAGUUAUUACAGACUUGGUCAAUGGCUUGCUACCAAGAUUGAAGGAAAAAGUUGAUCUUCUAGUGUUUAAUCCCCCCUAUGUAGUGACUCCACCAGAAGAGGUAGGAAGUCAUGGAGUAGAAGCAGCUUGGGCUGGUGGCAGAAAUGGUCGGGAAGUCAUGGACAGAUUUUUCCCACUGGCUCCAGAUCUUCUUUCACCAAGAGGAUUAUUCUAUUUAGUUACCAUUAAAGAAAACAAUCCAGAAGAAAUUUUGAAAACCAUGACGACAAGAGGUCUGCAAGGGACUAUUGCACUUUCUAGGCAAGCAGGCCAAGAAAUUCUGUCAGUCCUGAGAUUCACCAAGUCCUGAUUUACAGUGUGUGCUCUGUGCUGUGUAUUAGGCUGAAUAUGUAUUGAUAAUAGGUAUUAUAUUGAAUAUAUGUACAUAUGAUGAAUAUAUAGAGAAAGAAGCUAAGUGUAUUUGGCAUAUUUUGAAACUGCAGUCAUUUCUUGGUUAACAAGUAAAAUUGUCAGGUUAUAUAGAAAAAGGUAGGAAAUGUACAACAUUCCUUUUUACCCAGGUAAUCAAGCCUAUGGAAAUAGUUGCAUAAAUGCUAAUAAAUGCAUAUAUAAUAUAUGUUAUUUGCACUUUACAUAUAAAAUCUGAACAUGAGUGAUACAUUCAGCCACUAAAUAUGAGUCAGAUCUGAAGGUAUUCGUAAUGUACCACUGAGUGAAAAAAAGCAAAUUACAAAACAGUAUUACCCUGUAUGUAUAAUUUUGAAACCUAGCAGAAAGGGUAUGUGUGUAUGUGAACAUAGGGACAUUUCAGAAGAUAAAUGACAGGAGGGAAUGGAGGGGAGGGACUUUUUCUCUUUUUAUGGUAGUAUUUGAACAAUAAUAACAUACUACUUGUAUAAUUUUAAGAAGGUUUUCAUUUAAAAAUCUUUUUAAUUUACUUUCACUUACUUAUUGUCUACAUUCUAUCUUAGUUAUUCACAAUGCCUUCUGCUUCCAUGUUUCUCACUGGUCAGAUUUUUCCUACCUUUUAUCCUUUGUUAUAUAUUGCAAACUGUUUUUUUCUUGCCUAUAUAUUGCAAACUGCUAUACAUUUUUUCUUAAAUCAAGGUGAGUUGUCUAUAAAUAAACUCAACCACCCUUAGGUUAAUCACAUUUUUAACACUGACGUGUGUCUUUCAGGAAAUAUCAGAUUACCUUUCACUAAGUUUAAAAACCUCUUCUUCCAUAAUUUCUAUACCAUUUAAAAAAUAUUUUUCUUUUUUUUUUUUUUAAGAUUUUAUUUAUUUAUUCAUAGAGACAGAGAGAGAGAGAGGCAGAGACACAGGCAGAGGGAGAAGCAGGCAUCAUACAGAGAGCCUGACGUGGGACUCGAUCCAGAGUCUCCAGGAUCAAGCCCUGGGCUGCAGGCGGCGCUACACCGCUGCGCCACUAGGGCUGCCCUAAAAAAUAUUUUUCAAAAUCAAUGAGCAGGACUGUAUAGGAUCAGAGUGAGUGGAAUCUAGAAUUUAUUUUUAAUUUGGCUACAUUCAGAAUCAACUGGAGAAGUUUUUUAAUAUUAUAAAUUCCCAAACCCCACCUUAGACCCAUGGAAUCCUCUGAUAAACAGACCUAAAAACUGCAUCUUUUAAAAUGUGCUUCCCAGUGUUCCUCAAGAUAGUACACUAAAUUUUAGAACUAUUGUUUUAAAUUGCAUUCUUAUGCAGAAAGAGUGGAAUUACCCUCCUUUGAUGUUCAGAAAGGUCAGCUUGUUCAAAGGAGCACAGUAGUUAAAGGGUAAAGCCUUAUGGCCCCGCUGAUGACAGAUCUGACUCCCAAAAGCUUUUGUUCUAUUUGCUUACACUGCUUUUAGCAGUAAAGAUGCCAAAAUUAGUAUUUACUUGAAUCUAGUAUCUAUAAAUAUAUUCCCAUUCCCAGAAAUAACCAUCUGAGAUUUUACAAUUUAAAAAAAAAAGGUUAAAAAAACUAACUUUAUUGUGUGCUUUUAAUUAUAAUUUUGGGGAAUGGGGUCUUGAAUAUUUUCAGUUAAUGUUUGAAACACUUUAAAAUUAGCAUAGAGGAGGUGCUUCUAUCAAGAUAGGAGAUGAAAAACAUAGAAAUGCUUACAUAAACGACCCCCAAAACUUCACAUGCAGAGCUGGUAAUGGAUUGUUUCCCACUGAAAACUCAGAUGUUGGGGUGCUAACCCCCAGAACCUCAGAAGGUGAGCAUAUAUGGACAUGGGCCUCAAAGAGGUAAUUAAAGUUAAAUGAGGCCAUCAUGGUAGGCCCUGAUCCAAUCUGACUGGCUUCCUUACAAGAGGAUAGGACACACAGACACACUGGGGAUGCUCAUACACAGAAGAAAACCACAAGAUACAGUGAGAAGGCAGCGGUCCACAAGCCAAGGAGAGAGACUGCAGAAGAAACCCAACCUGCUGACAUCUUGCUCUUGGACUUCCAGCCUCCAGAACUAUAAUAAAUUCCUAUUGUUGAAGACACCCAGCCCAUGGUAUUUGUCACAGGGCCCCUAGCAGACUAAUACAAUGAUCAAAGACAGGAAAAUACCUACAGUCUGUAAACAAGAGAAAGCAAGUAUUGGCGUGAAAAGUGGGUGCUGUGUCCUGGUGGUUGGUAAGAACUGUGGCCUGGAGCCUUCAGGAGGAGAGUUCCAGAUCCAGCUCUCCGUGUUCAAAAAGAGUUGUUAAAUAUAGGAAAAAAGAGGACCUGUAAAACUACAUCAUUUGGCCCAAGGGAAGCAGCAAAAAAAAACUUUGUCCCUUGAAUGAAACAGAAAACAGUAAUGAUCAAUUAAUACUCUUAUAAGAUUGUGCUACCUUUUGUGGAAUUUAAUUCAUACUAAGUGAGGUAGCAACAUUAACAUGAAAAAAAAAAUAACAUUAAAAUACCUAAGCCAUUGAUCAUGGAGAAGCUAUGAUCCAUGAAAGCAGAAAAGAAAGAGAGAGGAAGGAAGGAAAGAAAGAAAACAAAAUUGGACACCUAAGGGAUAGAAACAGUGGAGCUGUCAUAUUCAGGUUGUGGAAUGUUUGAGGUGUUUAAAUAAUUUACAUAAAAGCUCACAAUAAGGGAUGGCUGAGUGGCUCAGCGGUUGAGCGUCUGCCCUUGGCUCAGGGUGUGAUCCUGGUCCUGGGAUUGAGUCCCGUAUCAGGCUCCCUGCAAGGAGCCUGCUCCUUCCUCUGUCUAUCUCUCUGCCUCUCUCUGUGUGUCUCUCAUUAAUAAUAAAUAAAUAAAAUCUUAAAAAAAAAAAAAAAGGGCUCACGGGAAGGUACUAUUUAGAAAGAACAAAUUGAAGUUGACUAAAAAAUGAGAAAUAGAGACACAGAAAUGUAUGUGUUAAUUUGUGCUUACCAAAAAAUACAGUGUAUUUUAAAAUACAGGAGUGAUACUAUUCCAUUCCAAAAUUUAGUUGUAGUUCUUUUACUUAUUAUUUUUUCUUUUUCCCUCAUACUGAGAAGAAAAAGGAAUACAAAUUAAGAUAGAACUGAAAAAAGAAAAAUUCAGACAGGACUGAAAAGACUCAGGAAAAAAUUAAGAGAAAUAUAGCCAUGGGAGGAACUCUUAUGACUAAAUGUAAAUCAUUGUAUGUGUAGUUUGUUUCAUAUACAUGCACUAAAAUUACUUUGCAUAUAAAAUAUAUACCAAUGCCUAUA